GCCACUUCUCUUCCCUUCUUCAUUCUUCGCCAGGCUCUCUGCUGACUCCAGUCAAGUUCUUCAGUUCACGAUCUUCUAGUUGGAGCGAUGAGUGCACGAGUGAGAUCAAGAUCCAGAGGAAGAGGAGAUGGUCAGGAGGCUCCCGAUGUGUUUGCAUUCGUGGUUCCCGGUGAAUCUCAGCAAGAGGAACCACCAACUGACAAUCAGGAUAUUGAACCUGGACGAGAGAGAGAAAGAACACCUCCGAUUGAAGAACGUAAAGUGGAAGGUGAUUGCCAGGAAAUGGAUCUGGAAAACACUGGGAAUGAGCGUGGAGAUGGCUCUGAUGUAAAAGAGAAGACUCCACCUAAUCCGGAGCGUGCUAAGACUAAAGAAGCAGGAGAUGGGCAACCAUAAGUUAAAAAGAAGACAAGCUGAAGCUACACACAUGGCUGAUGUCACAUUGAAAAUGUGACUGAAAAUUUGAAAAUUCUCUCAAUAAAGUUUGAAUUUUCUCUGAAGAAGUCA